CUUCACAUAGGUAGAAGGGUGUUAUCGCAGUGACCUGUUCUGAAUACAGAGGAAAGUUCUACUUCAGUUUUGUCAGUAUUUGCGGUCAAUAUGUGCAGUCAUGCAUUUGAACCGAUUUGAACAGUCAAUGCAGAAGAUCUACGGUGACGGACAUGGAUACAACAGCUCUCAUCUAUAAGGUCCUCUGUGCCCAUAAUGGGUAUUUUGAGAUGGAAGAAAUGCGUGCCAACAUUAGCACGACAGAAGAUGACCUGGAGAGUGUUUUAGGGAAUCAGGAUAUGUUUACCAGUGCUGUCUUUGAGGGAAACAAACUAAUAGUUGCCAAGACGAAGAUGAGGUUAUGCAGAGACAAGGAAUGUAAUGGCUGCAGCAAUUUACAUCUGUGUGUAUUCUACCUUUAUGGAACGUGUCGAUUCAAUGAGGGAUGUCGUUUCUCUCAUGAGCUGACGUCAGAAUACAACAUCAGAGUCCUGAGAGAGCAUCAUCUGGAGGAAUUUGACAAGCGGGAGCUGUGUACGUUACUGCUGCAGAAUGACAACACCCUCUUACCCCAAGUUUGCUUCACAUACAACAAAGGUAGUGGAGAGUAUGGCUACUGUCCUGACAAGGAGAGCUGCAGAAGACUCCACGUCUGUGAGCGCUACAUCAGAGGAACCUGUGCUGCAGAGGUGGACUGUGACAGGUCUCACGACUUCUACGAACCCCACCCGCUCAACACCCUGCAGCAGAGGGGAGUACCUAAUGAACUGGUGGCAUCCAUGUUGUCCACCUACCGCAACAUCCAGGCCAUUCAGUAUGAGGAAGGCUCUAGACCUGUAUGUCAUCCUCCUCCACCACCACCUCCCCCACAAACAUAUCUCCCGGCCCCCAAUGUUGUCCAAAGAGAGACCCACUACAUCCACUUGCAGCCAAUCACCACUGUAAUGCUCUGCAACUUCAAGUUAAAAUCACGUCCCUUUGUCCAGACCAAACCCAAGAGCCAUACUAAGCCAUCCUCAUCAGCUUCACACCAAUCAAAACCCUAUAAACCACCUACACCAGCUCCACACAAAUCAAAAUCCUCUCAACCGACUCCACACCAAUCGAAAUCCACUAAACCAGAUUCACCAGCUCCACAGCAAUCAAAAUCCUCUAAACCGCCUCCACUAGCUCCACACCAAUCAAAAUCCUCUAAACCGCCUCCACCAGCUCCACACCAAUCAAAAUCCUCUAAACCGCCUCCACCAACUCCACAGCAAUCAAAAUCCUCUAAACCGCCUCCACCAGCUCCACACCAAUCAAAAUCCUCUAAACCGCCUCCACCAACUCCACAGCAAUCAAAAUCCUCUAAACCGCCGCCACCAGCUCCACACCAAUCAAAAUCCUCUAAACCGCCGCCACCAGCUCCACAAAAAUCAAAAUCCUCUAAACCAGCUUCACAUCAACCAAAAACAACCAAAGCUCCUCCAUCAGCCAGGCGAAGAUGAAUUUUUGCAGAAACCAGAAAUCAUACAGUACCAGUCAAAAGUUUGGACACACCUACUCAUUUCAGGGUUUUUCUUUAUUUUUUACUAUUUCCUACAUUGUUGAAUAAUAGUGAAGACAUCAACUUUGAAAUAACACAUAUGGAAUCAUGUACUAACCAAAAAAGUGUUAAGCAAAUCAAAAUGUAUUUAUUAUUUGAGAUUCUUCAAAGUAGCCGCCCUUUGCCUUGAUGACAGCUUUGCACACUCUUGGCAUCCAUCUCCAUCCAGUCCAUGCUCCUACAGAGUCACUCAGGCCCCGCAAUUUACAGUAGUUUUUAUUUUUUACCUUGACCUUCUGAAAUUAUUUAGUGAUUAAUCUAUCAAUAAAAUAUAUAAAAUGCAUAUAAAACAAGCCUCAUUGUUUAAGUGCAACUUGCUAUUUAGGAUCUUAAUUUGAUCACAGCAGCAAAUGCAAACUUGUAAUGUAGUAGGCUUCUAAAGUUUGUAAUUUCCACUUUAAAAUGUCAGACUUGCCCUAACAAAAAUGUUGUCAACCCCUACAAAAUGUAAUAAUAAUCCACAAUUCCUGUUGCUUCAGGAUUGUUUUCCUGCAGUGAGAAACUGGUCAAAUUAAGAUCCUACAUCUGUAUCAUACUGACAAGAUAUACAGUACGUACAUGGUUCAGGAUUUGAACCCUUGGAGGUAGGAGAAAACUGAGACUGUUUGACAGGAGCAUUAUCUCUCUGCGCCACACCAAAGCUUUGCUUGUUAGAAUUUCAUGUUAUCUUGAUAGUUACACGUGCUUCCUAGACUAUAUCAGAAGAGAGCAGCCUUGGCUGGAUUUUAACUCACAACAUUUGCGCUUCUAAUAUGUCUUUAUCAACUUUCUAAUAUAGAAAUUAAGUGUUUAUUGUGCAAAAUCUUUAUGUUUCGUGACUGACAUACUGGAAGUCUCAAGGCUAUACCCUGACAGAAUUUCAAAAGAAACAAAGAGAAAAGUAUUCUUUCUCUACAGUGCAGUGACCAUUCCUCUCUGCCACCAUAGCAGUUGAAAUGGAGGUCAUACAUUUGGACACCACACUUUUUAUAUACAGUACAAAUAGUAUAUGAAGUCAAACGCAUAUCACCUGAUCAGGGGUUGCUGGGCACAAAGGAUCACCUGACGAAGAGGAUUAACGUGUGAGUCCUACUGUACAGAUGUAGGAUCUUAAUUUGAGCCAGUUUUCUACAGCAGGAAAAUAAUCCUGCAGCAAUAGGAAAUGUGAAUUAUUAUGUGGAUUAUAAUUAUGGACAUUUUUGUAGGGUUUGAUACAUUUUUCGUUAGUGCAAAUCAAGUUUGAAUUUUCAAAUUGGAAAUUAAAAAGUUUAUAAGCGUUUUAUUAACUCAAAUACUCUACAAGUUUGCAUUUCUUGCCAACGUGGUCUCAGAGCAUUUCAUAUUAUUCUGUACGUAAAUCCAAGACACUCCAUUUAGGAUAUGUUAUGUUUCAUAUGGUAUGUAUUCAUUUUGUGGAUGUCCAUCAUCCAUUUCGUGUGAUAUGUUACGAAUGACAAUUCAUAUGAUAUGUUACGAACUGCAAUUCGUACAAUAUGUUACAAAUUGUAAUACAUACAAUUUGUUAUGAAUUGCAAUUCAUACAAUACGUUACACAUUUUCCAAAUAUAAUAUAUGUUACAAAUUUGCAAACAUAUGAUAUGUUACGAAUUCCAAUUUGUUGUGGCUAAGGUUAGCUAGGUUGCUAGCGCUAACGUUAGCUAGCUGGGUUACAUUAGUUAGGGUUAAGGUUAGGAGUUAGGUUAAAGGAUUAGGGUUAGGGGAAAGGUUAGCUAACAUGCUAUGAAGUUACAAAGUAGCAAAACAUUUGUAUGUAGUUGCUAAAACUCUAAAGUUGUCCGUGAUGAGAUUCAAACACACAACUUUUGGGUUGCUAGACAUUUGCGUUAUACACCCAUCCAUCCAUUCACCCGGACCAACCACCCUCCUUUCGAUUUUGCCUUAAUGUAACUUCUAUCUUAUGUUACAUUUGGUAUGGUUACAUAUCAUACUAAUUUCAGUGUCCUGGAUUUACAUUUACUAUGUUACGUCUAGUCUAUUAGACCAAUUCUCAGCAACAAAAGAGUGAUCAAAUGAAGACGUCCUAAAAUGGUAAAUGUGAAGUAGUACAGUAGGGCUCACACACGUGCUCCAACACAUACCUUUAUUGGUAAACAAACAGUCAACUUCAUUAAUAUUUCCACUGUAUUCAACCUUAACAGCAACGAUUCCAAAUGCGUAAUGGCCAACGAACAAUGCUUGCUGAAAGCAAGGCCAUUCUUGCACUCUUACAUACUCUUAUUAGGUGUGCUUGCUGAAAUAAAAAUCUUACUUGCCUUCCUCUGCCAUCUGUAGUGCCAAAACCGUAAAAGCUACCAACACCAAAACAACUUUAAAACGUGCAUGCUGACUGUCUUAAUUUUGCUUGAAAACAACUUUUGGAUGCUACUUAUACUUUCCACACUACAACCAUAUUUGCAUGAAUUACAAUGUGUUUCAAUGGCCAUUGGAUUGAAUUGGGAAAAUUGUAGUCGAUACUAGUUUUCAACCGUUUAACAUAGAAAUACCAUUCAAACUUUAAAACGUGCAGACCGGUCUGGAAUAGUUUGCUUGUGUACAGCUUUUUGAUACCAUUUAUACUUUUUUAACUAUAACCGUUUAAAAUCUGCAUAAACGCUCCAAAGGCUUAAAUGUGAAGUAUUUGGAUUAGCCACUGCUCUUGAAUCCUUGAAGAUGCAAACACCAAACCAACAUUGACAUAUACAGACUGACUCAACUUAGAUUGUUGAUGCUUUUUGUACUUUUUGAAAUAUAACCAUAUAAAUUAGCAUAAAACCUCCAUAGACUUCAAUGGUCAAAUUUGGAUUUGCCAAUGUUCUUGAACCAUUUAACUUUGAUCACUUGUGGGGUUAAUAUGACCCACAAUUCAGUGAAAACUGUAGUCACGUGUCAAAGUCCGGUGGCCGCGAAGUGUCCAACUUAAUCAACAUGGCUGCAUUUUCGCCAUUUGUGAGCUUGACAAUAGCUUGCUAAAAAAUAUAUAUAUAUGACAUUGAUUUUAGCGUUGGCAAAUAGGAAUGAUGCUCAAAUUGGCUUAGUCUCAUUGUGAGGAGCCUAUAAAAAGUAGCUAGCUUCAUAUACAUAUUGUUGGGAAUUCUGAAAUGUAUUGGAAUAAAUUACAUAACUAUAAAACUAGCUAGCCAGCUAUGGGUAACUGAUGAAGAUGGCAUGUCUGUCGAAACGUUGGAUAUUAGGUUAUUAAAUUAUUGCAUUUGAGAUCCUAGAGUGUGCGGCUCUCCUUUUAAUGUUUUAACUGUAGCUAGCUACCUGACAGGAGUGCUAGGUAGCUACGUUAGCUUGCUAGGUGCAUUAGUAGCUUUAGGUUGGUUGUUUUUAUGCUCAACUUCUCUCCCUACUUUGAUACUAUUUUAUACUUUUCAACAAUAAGCAUUUCAAAUUUGCAUUAAAACUCCAUAGAUUAGAAUAGUACGCUUAUAAUUUCAGAUGAGCGGGGCCUCCUGAGUGGCACAAUGGUCUAAGGCACUGCAUCGUAGUGCUAGAGGCGUCACUACAGAUCCGGGUUUGAUCCCGGGCUGUGUCGCAGCUGGCCGCGACCAGGAGACCCAUGAGGCGGCGCACAUUUGGCCCUGCGUCGUCCGGAUUAGGGGACGGUUUGGCUGGCUGGGAUGUCCUUGUCCCAUCACGCUCUAGCGACUCCUUGUGGUGGCCGGGCUCAUGCACGCUGAGUUCGUUGCCAGCUGUACUGUGUUUCCUCUGACACAUUGGUGCAGCUGGCUUCUGUGUUAAGCGAGCACGUGUCAAGAAGCAGUGAUGCUUAGCGGGGUCGUGUUUCGGAGGACGCAUGGCUCUCGGCCAUGGCCUCUCCCGAGUCCGUACGGGAGUUGCAGCGAUGGGACAAGACUGUAACUACCAACUGGGGAGAAAAAGGAAUAAAAAGUACUAUAAAAUAAGACAGAAUUUCAGAUGAGCAGACUGACCCAACAUAGAUUGCUUCAAUAAAGCGUUAUGGUACUAUUUAGUGCUAAUAUUACAACUAUUGCAGUAAACUACUACUACUACUACUACCACCACCACUAGUGUUGCAGUCGCUACUAAUACUACCAAUACUACUAGCGCACUAUAACCCACUAUAAUAACUCCGCACCUACAAAUCACCCCAAAAUAGAUCACUAUAACUAACCCAUAGCCUAUUGUCAUGAAUGAGCCUGGUCAUUGUGACCUGAUGACUCCUCCAUCCCCAACCGGACUGUUAAUACUGAAACAAAGAAGCAGAAAAAGAGGAACUAACAGCAAGCUGCUGAAGAGGCAUGGAGGAAGUGGCGGGUGCAGGUAGACUACAGAUGUUCCACUGCUGGAUGGCGGAAGUUGAUCUUAUAUAGCGUCACCCUUGUCGAACUCAAGCCCUGGGUUAGAGCCAUAAUUGGGGAGAACGGGCUGGUGGCAAUGGCUGGAGCGGAAUUGGUGGAAUGUUAUAAAAUACAUCAAACUCAUGGUUUCCAUGUGUUUGAUGCCAUUCCAUUAGUUCGGUUCUGUCGAUUAUUAUGAGCCGCUCAGCAGCCUCCUGUGGUUAGAGCUGGUGGAGCUGCCGAAUGGCACGUGGGCGUUGAAUUAGAUGUCACCGUGGAUCAUCGUCACAUGUGAAGAAGACAAUGUGUUACCUAACUGUGUUUAGACAUCACGUGUAAAGGAGACAACGUCUUUUAUGCCUGUAAUUAAGAGAGGCAUGGGCAAAAUGUAUAAAUAGCAAUGUAAGAGAUAGGGAAAGGACAGAUGCUAGGGCAGACAGAGCAGAAGCAGAUUGAUUUGUCAGAAGCUUGAAGAUUUUGGUUAAGCACAGAGCUUAGCCCUUUCCCGCAGUCGAAUUACCUAGUGGCUUAAUGAAUCGAAUGUUCAUAUUUUUCAUAAUUAAUAAACAUUUUAAAAUGCUUGACGAAAA